AUGGGUGACAUGGUAAAGUACGGUCUUCAAAUUAGAAUCUUCUUGAAAUCGGUAUGCCGUCACAGACAUUUCGUCACAACCCCGGCAGGUAGUGUACUAAAUGUCACCAAGACAUAUACAUUGGAAGGUAUUGUGGGAUCCAAAUCAGAGUCUUCUUUUGAGAUUCGUAUAAACACCACGAGAAGAAAGGUCCAAGGUAUAGAUUUGGAACCUUGA